CUAAUUUCUGGUGGACGCCAAACCGAUACCGGCAGAGGGAGGCACAGCACGAGGAGCUCAUUGGUGGUAUCGAGCGGGUCGAGGGCCACGAGCGCGCGCGAGAGAGAGAUCGGAGCUGCUCGGCGUCGCAGUGGUGGGGAACGCGGCGAGCGCUACCGGGAUGGGCGUGGGCGCAGAGGAGGAGGUGGAGACGGCCGUGGUGGCCGAGGGAGGAGGAGGCGGGGAGCAGGAGGAGCAGGAGGGCGGGGGCGGGGACGCCGAGGACAGGAAGGGGGAGGGGGAGGAGAAGGCCGCGGCAGUGAUGUCGUGCUCGAUCUGCCUCGACGCGGUGGUCGCCGGCGGCGAGGACAGGUCCACCGCGAGGUUGCAGUGCGGCCACGAGUUCCACCUCGAUUGCAUUGGUUCAGCAUUUAACGCCAAAGGAAUUAUGCAAUGCCCUAAUUGCCGCAAAAUUGAGACGGGGAAUUGGCUUUAUGCAAAUGGUUCCCGUUCAUCACAGGAUGUAAACAAUGAUGAAUGGGGUUAUGAUGAAGACCUUUAUGAUGUUGCUCACUCCGAGGUGGCAACCUUUGUGCCAUUCCGCGUCCAAUGGUGUCCUAUUGGUCGUUUAGCACAGCUUCCAUCCUUAUUUGAUGAAGUAGAUCCCUCACCACCAGCUGCUUUUCAUGAUUUCAUUGGGCAAAACUUCAACGAGCAUGUUUCUGUAUCAGUACCUGCAACAGCUCAUCCAGGUCCGUACGUCGCUUACUUUCAGCCUCUCCCACCACCAGCAUCAUCAUCAGGCUCCCAUGUCGCAGAGAGAACAAUAGAUACUGCUGGAUAUCAUGAUCGCUGGACCCCCCUGGCUGGGACAGCAGAUGGCCGACCAUUGCAGCCAAUACAUCCUAUUGAUUUCCAUCAUAACCCCUGGGCACACAUGCCCCACUCCUAUUCUCAAUCAAACAACAAUAACAGUUUAGCUGAGCAGCCAGCAGUCCCUGUGGGAGCAAUGAGGGUUGGGGGUGUUGACAGUGAUAACCAACAGCGAGGGCUUCUCCCCUCAUUUUAUGGAAACGGAUCUGGAUCAAGGCCUAGAAUUGCAAGUGUUCCUCCUAUGGCGCCACAAUUCAUAAGAGCGCAUGGAAACAUCAAUGAACAAUUCCAGCAGAGUUCUUCUAGUUUAUUCGCUGGGUCACAGCGAUCAGGAGGCAUGCAGCCAUUGGGAGCUGGUGGGCCUGCCCUGCCACCUCCAGAGAACACCUCCUUUUGCCUGUUCCCACCCGUUUCAUCAGGCCCCAGUUCAAUGGAGAACGAGGAUGUCGGAGGAAACCAGUUCUAUGCCUGGGAGAGGGAUCGCUUCGCUCCUUACCCGCUGAUGUCCGUGAAUAAUGAAGGCACCUGGUGGAGCUCUUCACAACAACAGCAACCUCACGGCACACCAGAACCUGCAUCAGCCUCGAGGAGGCUGUCCAGGCAGUGGAUUGACACUGGUAGGUCACCACCGGAGAAUAGAUUGCCGGACAACUUGUCAUUCCGACAAUUGCACAUCCCUCGGAUGUAGCCCAGCGCUGGUAAGACCUAAGUUAAUACAAACUUGGAAACCCUAUUGGUUGUAAGAGAUGGGAACACCGUUGUAAGAUAAACCGGGUCGGAUGGUAAACCUUGAGACGUUAUUGUAUGCGGGAUGCUGAAGAAAUUGGCCCAGGGAGAAAACGUUUUCGACUUGGGUUUAUGUGAAUCCAAUGAAGUACAUAUUUCUGGUCA